AUGCGGAGCAAUCAACCAAAGAUGCUGCUCCAGGGAAACAUCAGCGAGGAGCUAAAGACCCAACACGAUGCUCCAGUGCUUAUCAUAACGCCACUGGGAAGCGAUUUGGAGGGCAAUCUGGAAGCUGUGAGCGUGCUUCAAGCGUAUCUCAGGGAUAGGCAGUUCAAUGACAUCUUGCUAAUGGAUAUGCAGAACAAAACCAGCCAUGAAGAUACUUUCAAAGCCUAUUGGGAUGCAGGAUUUCCGCAUGUUCUGCUAUUCUCUGGCGAGGAUCAACUCUGGACAAUGAAACCUCAUCCGCGGCUCGCAAUCAUUCGCACAACGCUGCAGCAGUAUCUUUACCAGCGAAACGCCAAGGAUCUGAUGGGCUAUCCUGUGCGUGUGCUCGUCACCAAUGAUCCGCCACAUUCGUUUGUGAAUGAGGACAAGUCCGUGGCGUCGGGAGCUCGCUACCAGGGCAGCAUCAUCAGCAGCUUCAAGCUAUUUGCCAAACACUUCAAUGCCAGCCUCGAGGCGGUGCCUUUCGACGGACUUCGGCGCUACCGCACGGAGGAGUGCCUCAGCCUGGUGAUGUCCAACGUGACGGACGCCUGUGGCAGCAUCUUUGUGAUGACCUUCCGCUACCCCACCUCGCAGCCGGUGCGUCUGAAUCGCGUGGCCAUCAUGGCACCCUUUGGCAAUCCCAUCGAGAAGUUCCACUACUUCUUUCGACCCUUCGACCCCCCCGUCUGGCUGUGGACGGGCCUCAGUGUGGCCUACAUCGCCCUGCUGGGUGCACUGCUGCAUCGCUGGCGCUUUGGCCGCUGGGAUGUGGGGCAGUACCUCCUGCUGGCCGUUCAGAGUUUGCUGACCCGCAGCCUCGCACUGCCGCAGUGCUGCUCGGGGGGCAACCGACUGCUGCUGCUGCUCCUGCUCUUCGCCACGGGCUUCGUGCUGUCCAGCCUGUACAUGGCCCAGCUAUCGAUGAUGCUCACCACGAGGCUCUAUCAGCGGCCCAUCGAUUCCGUGGCGGACCUGAAGGCCGCCAAUGUCAGCAUCCUGCUGCAGCAUCACAACGUGGGGCCGAAUUCGGUGUACGGCAGCUCCGAGGAGCUGCGUGAACGCUUCCUCCUGGUGGAGGAGUCGCUGCACAAGCAGCGACGCGAUGACCUCGAUGCCCGCUUCGCCUACGUGGACUCCGAGGACCGCAUGGACUUUUAUCUCUACCAGCAAAAGUUCCUGCGGCGGCCACGCAUGAAGAAGCUCCUCGAUCCCGUGGGCUACACCUGGGCCGUGCAGGUAAUCCGCCAGAACUGGCCGCUGGAGCGGCUCUACAACGAGCAUGUGCAGCGGCUCUUCGAGACGGGGCUGCAGGAGAAGCUCGUCGGGGAUGUCCACGAGCUGGCGGUGCUCGCUGGCUUCCUGCGCUUCCUGCCCACCCAGUCCGCCGGCAUCGAUCCGCUGCGACUCGAGGACAUUGUGAUGGCGGCCAUGGUGCUGGCCGGGGGCCACGCCCUCGCCGGGAUCUGCUUCCUGUGCGAAUUGCUGCUGCCAAACAUUAAUGAGGCUCAAUCUCAAUCUCAAUUAAGGCAAUGGCAAUAA